AUGUCUGCGCCGAAGAGAUCCCCAAUUAGCUUUCAGUCUAGCUCGCCCUCCUCGAUGGAUACUCAUUCCAAACAACUUCGGUCUUCAGGAUCCGUAAGCUCAUCAUUCUCUGGUAGUUCGCCACAAGUUCACAACGAUAACGUUUCUUCGUAUCAGGAACAGAUAUCGCUGAUCUCCUCGAACAAGGACAUCGACUACAGAAACCUCUCCAAACACAUGGUUUCUCCCGAGGAGACCUUGAAAAUGCAAGGUGGUGAUGUUGCAAGGUACCUCUACCACCAAAUAGAGAACUCUGGCAGUUCACCGAACUCUGGAUCCGCAGGUGUCUCGAGUCCCAGCGGAGCUGGUGGCAAACGCAGGACGAGAUCCUCAUCGUUUUCCACGUAUCUUUCAGAACAGCGUAGGGAAUCCACUGCCUCUGAUAUCAAUGUCCCCGGAGGAUUUAGAAGGGAAUUCAUUAUAAACAAAGCUCUUCAAGAAAACACCACGCCUCCUAAUUUCUUGACUGCUAACUUCGUAGAAUUCUUAGCCAUAUAUGGCCACUUUGCAGGUGAAGACUUCUCUGAUGACGAUGAAGAGUCUCAGAGCGAAGACGGUGUGGAUGACGAGGCACUUUAUGAUGAAGAGAGUUCAUUAUUGACAAACGAAGCCAGAAGAGGCAUCUAUGUACACCCACCUCCCCCUCCACCAUCAAAGAAGAGCAAGAGAUCUGCUAAGGCAGCUGGUACAACCACUGUGGCGAAAACAUAUUUCCUCGUAUUCAAGGCACUUGUUGGUUCCGGUGUUCUCUUCUUACCAAGAGCAUUCUACAACGGUGGACUCGGGUUUUCUAUCUUUGCAUUGGCCCUAUUCGGGUUGUUGACAUUCUUAUGUUAUCUUGUUCUCAUUGAGUCCAAGACGAUAUUCAAAAUAGCUUCCUUUGGUGAGUUAGGAUUCAAGACCUACGGGAAGCCGUUGAAGUAUAGUAUUUUGUUCUCAAUCAUCUUGUCACAGAUUGGGUUCGUAGCAACCUACAUCCUUUUCACGGCGGAGAACAUGAUAUCAUUUUGUAACAACUUUUUGAAGUGGGAUGGUCCUUUGGUUACCACAGGAAAUAUCGUGUUGAUUCAAUGUAUUUUGUUGAUCCCCUUAUUCCUCAUUAGAAACUUAACUAAGUUAUCUAUGAUUUCAUUGAUUUCUUCUGCCUUCAUUGUGGUGGGAUUGGUUAUUAUCUUCUACUACUCUGGAGUUCAAUUGUUGAAUAACGGUUUGGGCCCAAAUAUAGUUGCCUUUAACCCAAAUUCCUGGUCCAUGCUUAUUGGAGUUGCAGUGACGUCGUUCGAAGGUAUCGGGUUAAUCUUGCCUAUUGAAGCAUCUAUGAAGAACCCUGAGAAGUUCCCCCAAGUUUUAAGUAUCAGUAUGACCUUGAUCACUUCGCUUUUUGUCUGUGUCGGUGUAGUGGGGUACACUUCAUUCGGAGACCAGGUUAAAUCUAUCAUUAUCUUGAACUUACCGCAGGACCAUGUGUCGGUGCAAAUGAUUCAAGUGUUGUACUCAAUUGCAGUCUUUUUAAGUGCCCCCUUGCAAAUCUUCCCAGUCACCAAGAUCGUAGAAUCUACCAUCUUCAAUUCUUCCUUGUUUUUUAGCCAGAAUGGUUCCAAGAAGAAGGACGAGGACGGAAAAUUGUACCGAAUUUCAGGUAAAUACAACAAGGGAAUCAAGUGGUUGAAAAAUUUAGUUCGUGCUUUAAUAAUUUCUGCAGUUAGCACUAUUGCAUACCUCAACUCCAAGAACAUCGAUAAAUUCAUUUCCUUCAAUGGAUGUUUCGCAUGUAUCCCAUUGGUAUACAUCUACCCUCCGUUGAUUCAUUUAAAAACGUACACUGGAGACUAUAAGGAUGAGAGUUUCCGCAGGAAGUUGUUGAAGACUUUUGAUUAUGCAUUAAUUUUUACAGGUAUAAUCUGUGUUUUCUAUACCACGUAUCAGAUCUUGUUCUUAAAUUAG